GCCCCCUUUAGGGGGGGGGGAUCUGCAAACCCCUCUUUUGCUUAAACACAGGGCUUGAAACAAUAGGGACCCUCUCUUCCGAGAGGCUAGUUAAGAGCCAUUGCGUUGACCGAUGCUUUUCGACUCGGUUAGAAAUCGUCUGUCGUAAAAAACGAAAUACUACAUUUUUCUAAAGUUCUGGGGGUGGUAAGAGGGUUUCAGACACGGUUUAAGAAGGUUUCAGGCCCUGGCGAGGGAUUUCAGCCACGUUAGUUUGAUGGCACUCUAAUUCAGGAAUGCUCUUUGUGAGUGGUGGCCAACAGACAUCUGGUUUUGUGCCCAAGUUAUACCGAUCUGUGAUUGAAGACGUCAUCAAUGAUGUUCGAGAAGUGUUUUUGGAUGAUGGAGUAGAUGAGCAAGUCCUCCUGGAACUGAAAACAUUAUGGGAGAACAAACUGAUGCAGUCCAAGGCGGUGGAUGGGUUUCAUUCAGAAGAGCAGCAGCUUUUGUUGCAAGUGCAGCAGCAGCAGCAGCAACAGCAGCAGCAGCAACAGCAUCAUCAUCACCAUCACCACCAGCAAGCACAACCGCAGCAGACUGUGCAGCCACAAUCUCAGACGCAACAGGUCCUCAUCCCAGCGUCUCAGCAAGCAGCACCUCAGCAAGUUAUUGUUCCAGAUUCUAAGCUGAUACAGCAUAUGAAUGCUUCAGGCAUGAGUGCCGCAGCCACUGCAGCUACUUUGGCGCUGCCUGCCGGUGUUACUCCCGUUCAGCAGAUACUGACUAAUUCAGGCCAGAUCUUGCAAGUAGUUCGGACUGCCAACGGGGCUCAGUACAUCAUCCAGCCACAGCAGUCGGUGGUUCUGCAGCAGCAGGUCAUUCCUCAGAUGCAACCUGGUGGCGUGCAGGCUCCCGUCAUACAGCAGGUUUUGGCCCCUAUCCCUGGAGGGAUUCCACCCCAGACAGGAGUGAUCAUCCAACCUCAACAGAUCUUAUUUACGGGAAACAAGACACAAGUGAUCCCCACGACGGUGGCCGCUCCCACACCAGCCCAAGCACAGAUCACCGCAACCGGCCAGCAGCAACCCCAACAGCAGCCCGCACAACCACAGGCUCCAUUGGUGCUACAAGUAGAUGGGGCUGGGGACACGUCCUCUGAAGAAGAUGAGGAUGAGGAGGAAGAUUAUGAUGAUGAUGAAGAGGAAGACAAAGAAAAAGAUGGGGGAGAGGAUGGGCAAGUUGAAGAGGAGCCCCUUAAUAGUGAAGAUGAUGUGAGUGAUGAGGAAGGCCAAGAACUGUUCGACACAGAAAAUGUUGUGGUGUGCCAAUAUGAUAAGAUACACAGAAGUAAAAACAAGUGGAAGUUUCAUCUUAAGGAUGGCAUUAUGAAUCUUAACGGAAGAGAUUAUGUAUUUUCCAAAGCCAUUGGUGAUGCCGAAUGGUGAAAGCUUUUUUU